CAGAGGAAAACAGGAUGAGAGUAAAAAGGUCAACAUUGUAUAGGCCACAGCUACAAGCUAUCGUUAUAGUACUAAGUUGCUUCCUGAAAUUCAGUUUCACUUUCACUUAAGGAUCUCAGAAGCUUACUUUCAUCCUUACUCCAUCCUUGGACAUUACUCCGUUGGACAUUCCACACUGACCUUGAUUUUUAAAUACUAUUCGUAUUCUGAACUAACGAGAAGACUUUUUGAGAAGGCAAAAAUGGGAGUAGCAGCUAUUUGGACAAAAGUAACAUCCAUCUCAAGGAGUUUUUCGAAUAUUUUUGAAACUCAUCUUUUUACAGUAGCGAAUAUAAUUGGUGUGGUUCUUGCCUUUGGAUCGGAGUAUCUCAUAGAAGAGAAUGGCCUUUUUUCCUGUCCCUGCAUUAAAGAAUUAGCAUACGCUUAUGGUCUCUCUUUCAUCUUUGGAGGUUUUGCACUUUUUUGGCUGCUAGGUCUUAUAGUUUACGCCCAAACAUGGAAAGCUUGUCAUGGUUGUUAUCAUGUGUCUUGUAGUAAACAAGUCUGUUGCUUUUAUUUUAUUUCUUUCAUCACUGUUUGUUGUAAAACAAUGAUUGUUCCUGUCGCAUGGAUCUUUGCGAUAGUUUUGGAUGGCGACUAUAUAGCGUGCAUGAUGGCAGAUAUGUGCACGGUAGAGAGUGAAGAUUAUCAAAAGUUUAAGAAACUAUCGCAACAUUAUGGUUUGUGGGCUUUGUGUGGUCUCUUUGCUGUAGUUUGCUUUAUCCGGAGCUGUGCGGCAUGUUGCAAUAGUGACAGCUACUUGCACUACACCUUCUCAAAAGCGUACAGAAAAGUUGAAGAAGAGGCUCUCUUUAACAGCAAAUCUGAAACAGUAGACGGUCUAGCAAAAGAAGUAGUGAGAAAUUUCUUGCAGAAAAAAGAUUUGAAGGAAGAAGAUUGGAGAUCAGCAACAGACGAGAAUCAGGAUCUUGGAUUAUUUUUUUCCCCUCUUCACAAGCUCGUUGAGAAUAAAAAAUCUGCAGGGAUACCUUUACUUCCGAUUCCGGAAGUCAAACCUGAAGAAAAAAAAGCUACAGACAGUUCUACUGUCCAAGUCCAAGUAGAAUGACCAAGUACAAUUUAAUUGUUUUGGUGAAUAUUUCUUGGACACACUCAAUGCAUACCAGUUUCUUAAAUAUUAAUCAUCAAUUAAACUUCAGUCCUGCAGAUUGUAACACAAUUGGAAAUAAAAUCAUUUCAUUUAUUA